GUCGACUCGAACCAAUAUCAAAUAACCGUUUGGCCUGUGGGGAAAGGUUGCGAACCAGAAAAAGCAGGUCGGUCGUAAACUGAUUCAGUUCCCCUCGGCUACCUCGACAUCAAACAUUGGUACUCUUUGUUUCUUUUCCCAAACCCUCAAAACUCAUUCUCGUAUCUGAAACCCUAAAUUAUGAAUCUUUCGGUUACGUAUUCUCGAAUGAUUUAGGGCUUCAAAUAAUCUCUAUUCACCUUCUAUUGUUGAUUUCUCCCAUGAUUUGUUGACUUCUCAUCAAACCCAUAUCGUAUUAUUGUUGUUUAGAUCAGAAAAGAUGGUGAAUUUGUUCUUGUCUGAACCAAAGUUGAACGAUGUUGUUGCCGACAACAGUAGCAACAUCGAUGUGAUUUUACCUCUGUUGAACAAAUUAGGCUCUCACAUUCAAUCGUUGGUGACUCGUGGAGGUCGAUCAGAAGCUAGACUUUGGCUUUGUAGUGCUCUUUCUACUGUUUCUAUAUCCCCUAGGAAGCAACUUAGUGUUUUCAUGAAGUUGUUAAGAUCAAAACCUAGAAAGUUGCAGUUUGUAUCUCAGCUUCUGACAAUGAUCUUUGAGAAGAGACCUAGGAAACUUGGAUCUUUGUUAGCUAAAAGAAGCUAUAUACUUGAGAAAUUCUUUGAAGGGCAUCCAAAGCGUAUACUAGAGUGGUUCUCUGAGUUUGCUUAUGAUGGUGGGUCUGAUCACAAACAUGGUGCAAAAGCAUUGGCUCAGUUUGCGUUUACGAACCGGGAUAUAUGUUGGGAUGAGCUUGAAUGGCGAGGAAAGCACGGUCAAUCGCCUGCAGUUGUUGCUACAAAGCCUCAUUACCUUCUUGAUUUGGAUGUUCAACGGACCAUUGAGAAUUUUCUCGACAAUGUUCCUGAGUUUUGGUCGUCUAAAGAGUUUGCUGAGUCGCUGAAGGAUGGCCAGGUUUUGUUUCUUGAUACCAAAUUCUUUCUAGAUCUGUUUAUCGGUUUCAUGUACGAGGAAGAUCUGAAUGAUGUGUGGGAUGCUGUUGAGGAGUUUCUUACGGAGGAGUCUUUCUCUUCUUUAACUCAGCAUCUCCUUAUCACACUUGAUGAAUGUCACUUGUGUCGGUUUCUUGAAUUGCUUGGCAACUAUUUCGAUCCAAGCAUUGAAUCUUGGGAUAGUGGUGACUCGUCUUGCUGGCUCGGGGUUGUUCUUUCAAAAUAUGUUGACACGGAGUCUAUUGACGAGCUGUUACUUCUGAAUUCUAUUAUCAACCAAGGUCGUCAGUUGCUACGGCUUGUGCGUGAUGAGAACCUUAAUGACGAAGGAGAGUUGUUGAAAGAAAACACGGAAGAGAUCUUCAGAGGUUUGGAAAAAGGCAGUAGCUUUUCUCUAAUUCUGAGAGAUCUCUCGAAGAUGAAACACGAAGAGGUGAUAAGAUUACUCGGGAUACUUUCUUGGACUAUUCACUUCAGACUAGCAGAGGAAUGUCAGACGCCAGAUUCAUGGGAGCUUUUGUUUAGAGAAAAUGGGAUUGAAUUCCGCAGGUCUAGUGACCACUCACUGCUAAGCCAUAAGGGAUAUUCUGAAGAAAGUGAAUCUGACUCAGAUAGUAGAAGCCGGGCUUCUAAAAAGAGGCACAAGAGGGAGAAGAAGAAAAGAAAGAAGCAAAAGAUGAGGGCUAUUGAUGAUGAUGAUCUUGGUGAUGAUGAACUUGUAGGUCUGCAUCAAACAAGUCGAAGUUGGUCGCUAUCUACUGAUGGGUUUUCUGCAACAUGGACUAGUGUGGAUUUACCGGAACACAUUGCAAAGUAUAGUUUGUCGACAUGGAUGAAGUGGUUACUAGCUAGGCAAAAAUGAUUCAUAUACAAAACAGUAAGAUCAUACCAAUAGGUACAAAAGUGCAAAACUCGAAUAUAUUCGCCACUGAUAUGUGUACAACAUAUGUUCAUGUAGCAGUCAAAUCGUUCAUCUGAUCUUUGUUGAUGAGAAUGAAAAGAUAGCAAAGUGUGAAGGACUGUAGCAAAUCGUCUUACGAUUCUCAGGACAGAAGGUGUUAGAGCUAGCAUCUCCAUCCAUAAGAACCUCUAAGAGUUAUCAGCAAGGAUACAGCUGAAAAGAAGUGCUAUGAAAUUGAACAAACAGUUCUCACUUCUCAGUAAAGUUACUAGAACCUCUAAGUGUAACCACUAAGAGUUAGAGCAAGGGAUACAGCUUAAUAGAAGGGCUAUGAAACUGAACGAUCAGUAUUUUUUUCAGUUGUGUAACUUUGGGCUGUUAUUAAAGCCAACUUCUGAAGAUAAGUGUUUGGGCUAAAAAAACCCAAUAGAAACGAGCCUCUAUGCCAUUAUUUACCUAUCUAUUGAUUGUGAAAAUGAAUUUUGAAUA